AUGAGUGAAACGGCGGGUGCUAAGCCUGGCCCCGAGCCGGGCGACCGCGUUGCCAUUGGAAUCACCAUUGGCAACUCGAACAGCUCGAUCGCAUACACUAUUGACGACAAGGCUGAGGUCAUUGCCGACGAGGAUGGAGACCGACAGAUUCCCACUAUCCUGUCUUACGUCGACGGCGACGAGUACAACGGCGGCCAGGCAAAAAACUUCCUUGUCCGGAACCCGAAGAAUACUGUCGCCUACUUCCGGGAUUUCAUAGGGAAAGAAUUCAAGUCCAUUGACCCGACACACAACCACGCCUCGGCCCAUCCCGAAGAAGUUGACGGUGUGGUCUCCUUUACCAUCAAAGAUAAGGGAGGCGAAGAAGAUGCACCGUCGACCCUCUCGGUUUCUGAAGUCACCACGCGCUAUCUCCGUCUGCUCAUCACCUCUGCCUCCGAGUACCUGGGCAAGAAGGUCACCUCGGCCGUCAUGACCGUCCCUACCAACUUCACCGACAAGCAGAAGGCAGCCCUGGUCGCCGCCGCCAACGCGGCGGGCCUCGAGGUCCUGCAGCUGAUCAGCGAGCCCGUGGCCGCGGUCCUCGCCUAUGAUGCGCGGCCCGAGGCCGUGGUCGAGGACAAGAUCGUCGUGGUCGCCGACCUGGGCGGCACCCGCUCCGACGUUGCCGUCCUGGCCAGCCGCAGCGGCAUGUACACCCUCCUGGCCACGGCGCACGACUACGAGUUCGCCGGCGCCUCCCUCGACAAGGUGCUUAUGGACCACUUCGCCAAGGAGUUCAUGAAGCGCAACCCCGGCGUCGACCCCCGCGAGAACGCCCGGUCCCUAGCCAAGCUGAAGUUCGAGGCCGAGGCCACCAAGAAGGCCCUGAGUCUGGGCACAAAUGCCAGUUUCAGCGUGGAGAGCUUGGCCGAGGGGAUCGACUUCUCGAGCACCAUCAACCGGCUGAGGUACGAGACCAUCGCCCGCACCGUCUUCGAGGGCUUCACCCGCCUGGUGGAGUCGGCCGUCAAGAAGGCCGGCCUGGACGUGCUCGACGUCGACGAGGUGAUCCUGUCGGGCGGCACAGCGCACACGCCGCGCAUCGCGGCAAACUUCCAGUCCAUCUUCCCGCCGACGACCAGCAUCCUGUCGCCCUCGACGAGCGUCACGGCCGUCAACCCGUCGGAGCUCCAGGCCCGGGGAGCCGCCCUGCAGGCCAGCCUGAUCCAGGAGUACGACGCUGAGGACAUCGACCAGUCCACCCACGCCGCCGUGACGACGGUCCAGCACAUCACCAACGCCAUCGGCGUCGUCUCCCUGUCCGAGGACGGCCACGGCGAGGUCUUCACGCCCGUCAUCGCCCCCGAGACGGCCCUGCCUGCGAGGCGGACAGUCCACCUCGCGGCCCCCGAGGAAGGCGGCGACGUGCUCGUCAAGAUCGUCGAGGGCAACACGCACAUAAAGGUGACCAAGCCCGAGCCGAAGCCGGCGGCGAACGGCGCCUCCACCAAGGGUGCGACGGUGGAGGAUGCCAAGGACAGCGACAACGACUCGGACGAUGACGACUCGGAAGAGGAGGAGGAUGAGGAGGAGAGGCGCGAGAAGGUCUGGAAGAUUGGCUCGACGCUCGCAGAGGCCGCCAUCAGGGGGGUCAAGAAGGGCGGCAAGGUCGAGGUCACGAUAAACGUCGCCGCCGAUCUCGGCGUCACGGUCACGACGAGGGAGGUGGGCGCAAAGGGCGGCGUCAGGGGUACUCUUUAA